AUGUCGAACAAGCAAGGCAAGAUGGCCGGUUAUCACAUGAACCUUGUUCUCGCAGAUACAGAAGAGUUCCGACGCGUAAAGCGACGCCAAGAUAGAUCCGCGCCUGGCGCCGGCGGCAGCCUCGUCGAGUCCGAAGAGAAGCGCACACUCGGUCUCACCAUUGUCCGCGGCGCCUACAUUGUGUCGCUUUCCGUCGAAUCCCCUCCUCCCGCAGACCCCAGCGCAAGACUAGGAAAGAGCGCACCCGGCGGCAUCGCCUCGGCUCUGAGCGCCGGUCCUGGUGUUGCCAAGCCCGCCGGCAGAGGCGCGCCCGCUCCCUCCCUCGCUGUAAGAAAUCAGCCGCAUUCCCAGACCGCAAAUCGAGUCGCCGUUGCUAACUUUCUGCAGGGUCCCGCCCUCGGUAUGGGUGGCGGUGCUCCUCCAGGUCUUCCUGGAUUUCCUGGCCCUCCUGGGUUUGCUGGUCGCGGCGGGCCCUCUCCGUUCCCCGGUGGAUUUCCCCCGCCUGCCGGUUUCCCGGGCGCCCCUCCUGGUGGCUUCCCUCCUCAUGGCUUCCAGCCUCCUCCCGGUGGCGCCCCUCCUGGCUUCAACCCCGGUCCGCGACGAUAG